AUGAACAUUAGCCAAAUUAUUUCUUAUUGGGGCUAUCCAGAUGAAGUGUAUGAUAUUGUAACUGAAGAUGGUUACAUCCUUGGCCUUUAUAGAAUUCCUUAUGGGAAGACAAACAGUGACAAAGAAAUUGUCUGCAUUUUUUUUCUAGCUCAGAGGCUUGUUGUCUACUUGCAACAUGGUUUGCUUACAUCUGCCAACAGCUGGAUCUCCAAUCUGCCCAACAACAGCCUGGGCUUCAUUCUGGCAGAUGCUGGUUACGACGUGUGGAUGGGGAACAGCAGGGGGACCACCUGGUCCAGGAAACACAAGUACCUUAAGACAAAUUCCAAAGAAUUCUGGGCCUUCAGUUUUGACGAGAUGGCAAAAUAUGACCUCCCAGCCUCCAUCGACUUCAUCGUGAAGCACACGGGACAAGAGGAGAUAUUUUAUAUAGGCCAUUCCCAGGGCACCACUAUUGCUUUCAUAACAUUUUCCACAAUACCACAGAUAGCUGAAAGAAUCAAAAUAUUUUUUGCCUUAGCUCCAGUUUUUUCUAUCAAAUACUCAAAGAGCCCUUUAAUUAAAUUGGCAUACAAAUGGAGGUCAGUGUUAAAGGCUUUUUUGGGCAACAAAGACUUCCUACCUAAUACCUCAUUCAAAAGAUUUGUUGGCUCAAAGCUGUGUCCACUGAAGAUUAUUGGUAAGAUUUGCCGUGAUGUCUUGUUUAUGAUAUAUGGAUAUGACCAGGAGAACUUAAAUAUGAGUCGUGUGGAUGUGUAUUUGUCACAUAACCCAGCAGGGACAUCUGUUCAAAAUAUGCUACACUGGAGUCAGGUUUUUCAUUCUAGUCACUUGAGAGCUUUUGAUUGGGGCAGUCCUGUUCUGAACUUGGUUCAUUUUAAUCAGUCCACUCCUCCAUUUUACGACAUGAGGAACAUGAACGUAUCGACAGCGACUUGGAACGGGGGCAAUGACUUGUUGGCCGAUCCUCAAGAUGUGAAAAAUCUACUUUCUGAAAUUACAAACCCUAUUUACCAUAAAACUAUUUCUUGCUACAAUCAUAUAGACUUUUUGUUCGGUUUAGAUGCAUAUCAGCAAGUUUACCGUGAAAUCAUUGACAUUAUCCAAGGCAGUCUAUAA